AUGUGUCUAUCUAAUAUUUUAUGUACUAACGUUCAUCUAAUACUGCAUAUUUCCUAAAUUCAUUUUCAAGUUAAAACAUUAUAGCUAUAAAGUGUUACAUCAUGUCUGGGAAAUCGAAACCAACACCUCCGAAAAUGGCCCCAAAACCCGGAAUUGUAAAAGUCUAUAAAGCCUUGUGGUCCUAUGCAGCUGUGCAGUCAGAUGAACUUUCGUUUAAUGAAGGUGAUCGACUCUACAUCAGUGACCAAUCUGAAUCUGGAUGGUGGAAAGCCACACUGAAUGGUAAAAGUGGCAUUGUGCCUGGAAACUAUGUGGCCGAGGAUAUUGCUGACUCCAUUGACUUUCCUCUGCAUGAAGCAGCAAAACGCGGCAAUGUUAGUUUCCUAACAGAGUGUCUUGAUAACAAGGUAGCCCUUAAUGGGGUUGAUAAAUCUGGCAGCACGGCGCUUCAUUGGGCUGCACGUGGUGGCCAUGGAGAAUGUGUGGAAUUGCUCACUGACAACUAUCUAAUUGACCUUAAUGUGAAGAACAAGCUUGGAGAAACUCCACUUCAUGGAGCUGCCUGGAAAUCACAUGCAAAAGUUGUUGAGUUUUUACUAGAGAAAGGGGCAAUUGCAAAUAUCAGAAACAAUGACAACAAACUCCCAUAUGAUCUGGCAGGGGAUCCAGAAACAGCGGCUCUACUCAAACCAAAGCUUGCCACCACAGCCAACAUCAAUUAUGAAGAAUACCUUGGAGACUCUGAUUAAAACUCUCUUUUCAACGCCACUUUCCAUCUUAUUUGAGCUGAUUACAUUUAACCAAUGGUUAUCAAUGAUUAUGAUGCGUUUUGAAGCAAUGAUCUACUACCAGCAGUCAGCACCAUAAUCCGGAUAUUCUUUGAGAUUUAAACAUUUUAUUAUUUCACUUUGAUAAUGAUAUAAGGGUUGUUUAGCUGCCAAUCAUAAACCCAAUACAGCUGAAAAAUUCGUACUUUGUAAAGUUUUUUUUAACUGGGUUACCAGUUUUCUACCCUUCUUUACAGUAGGUUUCAAACCAACACAGCCUGUCAAUCAAUGAUUUGUUUACAUUGUCUGUUUCCCAUUAUGAUCUUUUUUUUCCAAAUCUUAUAAAAUUGAAUGCAAAUCUUAUAAACAGUAUAUGAUGUUAACAUAAAUAUAUAGCCUAUAUAGCAUAUGUAUAAUCAAUUUAUCAUAACUUUGUUUUGUACUAACUUUCAACAUUCAAGAAAUACUGUUGUAAAAAUGCUCUAAUAGAAAAUCAAGCGGACUUGUUGUUAUGACAGUCUGUAUUGUUUUUUGUCAAUUACAGGCUCCAAAACGUGUAAAUAUAUUAUAUAUGCACUUACUGUAAUCAAAGAUUUGUUACAAAGAUGUACUUUUGCACUGUAUAUAGAAGACCUAUACUAAUUCUUGUAAUGAGAAUUUUGUAAUUGGUGGUAAUUUUAAUCUAUUCUAUUUCUAUACUCAUUCCAAUUUUUAACUUUUUCAGAAUGAUUUGAAUUAUCAGUUAAAUCUCGAAACUGUUUAGUUUUCUGGGAUUUGUGUGUUUGUAAUAUAAUAAAUGCAAUAAGAUAAUUGA